GAACGUCCAAUCACAGCUCGAAUGUUUUAUUCGGCGAGAAAUUUGAAAGUACAGGCGAGCUGCAGGCUGAGUGCAAAAUUCUAGUUUAUGUUGGUCAAAUAAAUUUAGUUUUCAAUACACUUAGUUAAUGCAACAUGUCUGCAAAGCCUUUAUAUGCAGAUCAUUUCAAGAGAAAUGACGAUGAGUUUAGAAACACGAUGGAAGCUAUUUUUCAGAAGUAUUCCAGUUUAAGUGAUCCUGGAAUAGACGUCUGUCUGAAAACAAUGACCUGCAGGACUGAAAGAGGUCCUGUGCCCAUUGACAGUGUAGAAGGAGAACGUGAGUUGGAAGCAUUAAAAACUCGAGUUAAAGCAGACUAUUCCAUGAGGGAGUUUGAGGACCAGGACAAUGAUCAGAUGGAUGUGUCAGGAGUCACUGAGGAUGAUUCUGAUGGCUCUGGUCAAAAGGAGAACAGCGAAAACCUGUGGCACGGAGGUGAAUCAUUCCAGCUCUCUAUGAGUCUGAAUAACACAUCUCAUGGUUCUCUGUGGGGGGAGCUGUCUCAGCCAAAGGAAGAGGAUGAAGAACUGGAGAAAACACUGAGCAGCCAUGGCAGUACCCUCCUGGAUGUCUAUCCCAGCAUGCUCAACCAGAUCGGUGAAGCAUAUCGGCGACAGCAUGUGACCGAUACGGCGAGGGCUGUGGUGCAGAAGUACCGCCGCAAACACCGGCAAGCCGGCCCAACGGACCGCAACACAUCCUUUAAGAAAAGACACAACUGCACUCUAAACAAAACAACAGAUAUCUCAUUUACCAAUCAAAGUCCAGUUCAAAGAAACAUUAGCAACUGUUUCAAGGGCAGCGACAAACUUCAAAACUGGCUCAAGAACAAACCAAAGUCUUCACCACUCAAAAAUAUAUCCUACGAGGCCAGUGCCUGUUUUUACUCACCCAGGAGGAACUGUGCGGAUGUGAGCGGUGUGACGGAUGAGUCUCCGUGGACUGAUUUACAUUUAACCAGGAAGCCAGAGCAAAAUACUGCUCGUGUGAUUGACUUCUCCACACCCCCAUAUUCUGGUUUCCCCUCAAUUAGUGACCAAUCUCCAGAUCUGGACCAAACCUAUGAUGUUGGACCAACAUCUCAUGCUAUUCCAGCCUCAUCUGUCUUUACUUCUCCACGACAAAGCAGAGCAGGUCUGUCUAUUAUUGACCAGAAAGGAAUGUCCAUCAUCUCCCGGCCCUCCUCAUUGGACAAAGACUGCUUCAGAGACCGCCUACACUCUCCUGUCUCCUCCCCGCAGCGUGGUCUCAUUGGUGUUUUAUCCACUAGUGGGAAAAGCAGCUUCAGACCCAGUGUGCUGAACAUGGAAAGACAAUUAAACCCAACAGCAAGUCCAAAGCAAAGGUCACCUCUCUACCAUCUAGCCCAUUCUGAGGCCAUCAGAUCUUCUUAUGGUGCCAAACAGGUGCCGUUGUCAUCACCCCGACGAUCCGUUUACGACCGUGCUGACCAAAGUUUAUCCAAGGCGGAGAGACCGUCCCAUUUUACACCAUCCAAACGUCAACGCUCUCUUUCUGGCCCCCAGUCCACAUACUCAUUCAGUGAACCGCAGAUUGAUGCAGAGUUCAGAAAGCUGUAUCACCACUUCAUCUGUCGUGGCACUUCAUCACCAUGUCCUUCCUCUCACUGUCACCUCUGCGAGAGAAACAUGAAGGAGACGUCCAGAAGCCCCAGCUUUUCCUCCUCCAGCAUGUCUGCUCUCGCUCUGACUCCUCUGAGGGCCAAGCUCAAGAAACGGCAGCGUCAGCCCGAAGUGGAAGAGUCACUCCGAUUCAAACGCUUCAGAGAGAGUCGUUCCCCACUUAAACAUCUCCAGCUGACAGGCAGAUAUGUGACCUCUGCCAUGUCAGAACUUACUGAAGACAAACUCACCUGGGAUAGAGCUGUCCUGCUGCAGUGCCCCAGUCCACAGUUCCUCAGAGGCACUGGAAACCUCAGAAGAAUCAGGGAGGCUAAAUUAAGCAUGCAAAUGAACCCACGUGCUAUGUCCUGGAGAGACGCCCCAAGCGAAGUCCGUCCAGUGGAAGCAGCUGUGUCACCCAUGAGACCAUUUAUUCAGGGUACCGCCCAGCUCUCUCCGAGUCUCUCUAGGAGGCGACUGCAGUAUGGUCUUCCGCAGUAACGAGCCUUCCUGUGCGCAUCCAACAUACUGCAUUUCUCCUUGUGGAAUUAACAACUUCAAGUUACCCUAAUGAAGAAAGCACUGGAUGGCAUGAAGUCACAAUUGUAGACACAUUGCUUGAAAUUCAGUCCCGUUUUCUUGUUUUUAAAUAUAUAUAUGUACUUGUAAACCUUGUUUUUUACAGUGUUGUUGUGUAAAUAUCUUUCCAUCACUUUGAAAGUCCCUUGUGUUUUAAUAUUAACAAUUUUAAUAUAACCCAGUGUUGUUGUUUAAAUAAUAUUGUCCAAUUACAUUUGCAUUGAUGAAUGGUAUGUUAGUCUAAAUAAUUCAAAUGUUUUGUUGAAACAAACUUUUUAAUAAACAAAUGUGCGUUUCACAAA